UUAUGAAAUAACUUUUAGUCAUUACCAAAGCAGAGUGAAAUGGUUUAAGAAACAAUACACCAAUUACUCUCAGCUUAUGCGCCAUAGUUCUGGAUUUGGGUGGGAUCCCAUCACAAAAAGAUUCACUGCUGAUGAUGAAGUAUGGGCAGAUUAUUUGAAGUCACAUCCAACGCAUGGGCACUUUCGGUCAGAAACUUUUCCAGACUAUGAGGACUUGAAAAUUGCAGUUGGAAAUGGAACUGCAACUGGAAUGGGCUCAAUCAGUCUAGGUGAUGAUACAGAUGCAACAACAUUUGGAGCGGAGGAAAAUGAAUCUUGGGGAAUUGGUGGCAUAGAUGGAUUAGUUUUUGAUCGAAAUACUAACAUGUUCGUACAAAGUGAAAAUGAGUCAUCACAACAACUAGCUUUUUUUUCUUUCUCUGACUCAUAA